CAAUCACCGAAGAGUGAGAAUACAUAUUGGGAUCAGCCCUGUCCUAGUGGGUCGCGAACUCCGGCAGUCCGGCUAUAUAUUUCGCUUUGGUUCCCUUGCUCUUGGCCUGUAACUAUUGCUUAGGCCGAGCUAGGCCCGUCCCCAGUAUUUUAUAAAACCAUCGGCAAGCCGAUGCGGAGUCUACCGUGAUCCCUUACGAGUCUCCACAAUUAUUGUCGCCGAACGGGGGAUUUCCUUGCCGGCUCGCGGUUUCAGGGUUUUCAAGUCAAUCAUGUCUCGAUACGCGUGCUUUAUGAAGGGAGUAGUGGGUAGGCUGCAAGACACGACUUUCGUGAGUUCAUUCUGUCCCGAGUUGAACCUCAUGUCCUGUUGACAGCUUUCCCUCAUUCUUCGCAUCACGUAUCAUGAUUUUGCCCUCUAUGACCAAAGUGCUCACAGACUUCAAGCCCAGGGCUGGUCUCUUCGGCAACCCCCGAGUUCUACUUAGCACUACAUUGCUCAAAGAAGACAAGAGCAGUUAUGACCACAGAGAUAUACGCAGAGCCACUACACGGGCCUCCCCAAUCAAGCAUCGCAUACCUUCGGGAACAUGGGACACGCACAUGCACGUCGUUGACCCGCAGCGCUUCCCUGUCUCCCCCACCGCGGUGUACAAGCCUUCAAAGCAUACGAUCGAAGAGGCCAUGGCAUUCGAGUCUUCUUUGGGGAUAGGAAAGAUCAUCCUAGUCCAGCCGUCAAUAUACGGAACGGACAAUUCCUGUCUUUUGGAGGCACUCCGACACGUGGGGCCGUCUCGCGGGCGUGCGGUUGUGGUGAUUGAUCCUGCAACAAUCGAUUCCCAGACACUCGCAGAUUGGCAUUCAAUGGGCGUACGGGGCGUGCGGGUGAACCUAAAAUCAGUCGACACGGUGCUUGAUGAACGUGACCUGACAGAAGUGCUAUUGCAACAUGCGCAGGUCAUCCGGUCCCUCGGAUGGGUCAUCCAAGUCUACGUCUCGCUGGACAUGGUUCCGAUGCUUGAGAAGAUUGUCCCUCAGCUGGGCGUCAAGCUGUGCAUUGAUCAUUUUGGAAGCCCCGAUCUGACAAGAGCUGACAGCUCUCUGCGAGGUGCAUCGCCAUUCGAUCCAUACAGCCUGGCGGGGUUUUCAUCUUUGAUAUCUCUCCUUCAAGCAGGAGAGACAUACGUCAAGAUCUCCGCCCCGUACCGUCUCAGCAAGGACGGACAAUACCGCGAUCUGGAGGUAAUGGCGCGAGAAUUCCUGCGUGCGGCCCCUGAGCGAGUUCUCUACGCAACCGACUGGCCCCAUACGCGCUUUGCUGGGAUGGACAUUGAGCCAUUUACCGACACGUGUCUGCGCCUGUGCGAAAGUGUGCCUGGACUGGCAGAUCGAGUAUUUCGGCGGAAUGCCGAAGUGAUGAUGGGGGAGGACGCAUGAUACGCUGAUACAACCCGACCUUACGAUUCAUGACUAGAUUAGCAUAAUACCACAUACCAUU